CGAGUCCGAGCGCGGGUACGACGAAGAGAAGGCGAAGGCAAGGGACUUCAGGAAGCAAUAAAGACGUUGGCGAAGGGACGGCCACUAUCCAUGACCCCACUUACCAGUGAUACGACUCCACGAGCACAAUGUCGCUCUCAUCUUUACCGUCUGAGCUCUAUUGUGCCAUCAUAAGCCACCUUGACGACCAAGUCGUCCAAUCUACAGUACUGACACUCACCCGCACGAUCCCAGACGCACCUAUUCCACUUAAACGUCUCUUUGAGCGGAUCAGGAUACGUACGCCUAAAAGCGCCGUUCAGCUUUAUCAACGUUUGCGCGGUGGCAAGACCGAAGCACACCAUGUUCGUGAGCUAAGCAUAGAGACUUGGUCGGCGGACGCGCAGGUUAUUAUUAACCUCCUUGCCUUGCUGGACGACCUCACAAACCUCGCUCUUUUUGUCGGGCCAAACUUCGCUCCAGAGAAUUUACUGGAGGUAUUUGAACGUCCACGGGAGCGACUUGAAGUAUUGUCAUUGCGAUUUCGACCAUAUGUACAACGUGCCAAUUACUACCACUUUCUGAAAGGAGCGUACUUUGAUCCUGCGAUCUCUGCAAUCGCAAGCUGGCCAUCCUCAUCUCUACGCUCAUUAUCAAUCGUGCAAGACCCACUCGUCGACCAAGGACCAUUUGCGCAGCCCCUGGUUUUCUUCGGUCUCAAAGAAUUCCUCCCAUUAUCCAUCUCUACAGCAGCCCAGGGUAUAACCAUACUUCGAAUUCGCAUACCAGCACGAGACGUGGGUCCCCACCUCGCGGUCUCUCCGAACGCCUUUCCAUCUUUACGAACUCUGGACCUCUCAACAGGAAACAUCAAAGGCCAGCAACUCACGCGACUUCUUGCACGAUUUGACCGUGUUGAGCACGUAAAACUGGAUGGGUGUGCUAUGCUUGCGGGCCGUGAACCGAGUGAGUGGGGUGCACUCGGGAUGGAUUGUGCAUUGAUUGGUGAAAAACGCGCUCGUGACCGCGAAAGAGCUUUGAAGGCCUGGAGAGAGAUGCACACUCAGCUAACCCUUGAUCAGGCUCAACAACCCCAACGAAGGAUACGCGCAGGGAGGAAAGGCCUUGCGACUGCUACGAUCUCCAUCCGCAGUGCAUCCGACCCUGUUCUUCCUGCAAGUAAUCCAUAUGGAGGCACUGAGUCAGACGCCGUGCCUCCACCUCCUAUUGAUCCUGCCGUCCUUCAGCAUAAAGUCCGGAUUGCGCCCCUGCCGCCUUCUCUUCUUACAAUAACUGCAACUGCACCACCCCCAAUCCCCGGUAUUGAUGCUUCGAUGGACCUAUCCGAACACUUCGGAACCUUCCGCGAGGAGUUUGCUGAAGGCUGGAAAGCUGGAAUUAAUCGACUGCGUGCAUCGUGGUCGAGACUUCGCACAUCUGCAAAGAACAAUGUACAUAUCUAUGCUCUUGGUCCUGGUGCAGCACCGGAAACGCAAGGCCUAGGCGGCUUAGAGGAACUCGAUGAGCAACGGUGGAAGGAUUUGGAAGAGGGUCAGUACCCCGUACCAGACUUAUGUCUUGCGGGUGAGAGUUAUGAUGGCACGUACUGCUGCUUACACAGUGACAAAUGCGGGCAUCGACUUACUGAAAGUGCUUGGGGAGAUGACAGUUUCUUGAGAUAACACAUUGUACUGAUUCAUAUUGAAGUCCGAAAGGCAACAAUAGAUUAUUGGAG